CUGAUAGGCAGAUGAAAACAAUAAAUAUACCUAGUAUGCCUUUUUUCUAACAUUGUCGGACAGUGUGUAAAUAAAACAUUAAGACAUCUAACAAUAUUUAACAAGGAAUUAUUCGGUACCCUCCACUCUGUGCGCCUGUAAAAUUAUAAACGGCAGACAGCUGCAUCGCACAACGAGAACAAUAAUGUGCAACUAGUGGCGAAGGUCUUCAUCAGGAUCUGGAUUUCAGAAGAGCGCAAGCAGAGUAUAGGGACUAUAACUGCUAGCGUUUUAUUCUGUCUGAGAGAACAUGAAUCUUGAAUCAUUAUUUCGUGACUUUAAUCCAUGUAAAUUCAUAGUGCACUGCAGUCUAUUUACGUUUGUAACGUUAUUUGCGCUGCGCCUUGAUGGAUACAUAGAUUGGCCAUAUUGGGCUAUAUUUACGCCGCUGUGGAUUUGGAAAUGCACUGCUAUACUAGGCGCUAUAGUGGGCGCCAUUGUUUGGUGUCGCUAUCCGCACUAUCGCCUUGAAGGCGACUCUUACACGCAGUUCAAGGCGAUGCUUAUCUCACUCUCUCUGCAUCUUAUAUUGCUCAUGUUCGAGCUGCUAGCAUGCGACAAGCUGACAUCAGAGCGCCAUUUGUGGGUGCUUGUCUUUAUACCACUCAUCUUUGGCUCUGUGGUCAGCGUUGGGGCCUGCGUGUGGGCCGUUAAGCACGAUCGUUCUUUUGAACUAGAGUUAUUUAUGGCUGUCAAUGCAUUGCAGUUUGUAUCGCUUCCGCUUAAGCUGGACAAGUUUGUCUAUUGGAACUGGGAUGUGGUGUUUGUGCCUAUGUGGAUUGUCAUUUGCCUUAGCUUGGUCAGCGUACUCUAUAACAUCAUAUUUUGUGGCAUAAUGAUGCGCACACCGGAAGUAUCGCUGCAACAGAAGAAGGCGGCACUAAAUGCAGCUGUUGGUAACAUUUGUACUGUACUACCAUUGCUCUGCUUUCAGGUGGUUAUUUGCGACAAGCUGGAUGGAGAGAUUAAGUUUCCGUAUAUUGUGGUGUUCGCCCCUUUGUUGGUCUCUAUAGUCGCACUAAUUGUUCUAAGUUUUACCGCCAAAGGCGGGAACAUGUGGUGGUUUGGCAUACGCAAAUCAUUUAGCCAGUUUUUGCUUUCGGCCAUGCCAUUUCUACAGGAAUACGGAAAUAUUAGCUAUCAUGCGGACACGCAAAGUAAUGCGGGUCAAUCGGUUCCGCUGGAUGCAUCCUCAUCAUCCACCAGCAAUAUGGCUGUCACUGAUCCGUUACACGAGUUUAGCAAGCAUGACAAGAAAAGCAAGAAAGCCGCCAAAAAUGAUAUAAUGAAGCCAGUGGUCCCAUUCAUCAGCAUUGAUUUGCCUGAUUAGAUAGAGAAAGAAACAUAGACAUAAC